AGUGCUGCUACUUUGCAAGAUAGACCAGUGGUUUUAGUCCCUCAAUGCCCACGCUUGUCUUCUCAACAUCUGGAUGUAUCUGAAGAGGCUGGUGAUGAAGUUGAUUCGCACGAAGAUGGACUUGUUUUGCGGCAGGGUCAACAAGUUUUAAACAAGGGACGUCUUGAAGGCGCUCAGGCCGAUAGCGAUGUCAAUUUUCGUCAUAAGAAGAAAGAAGUGUUUAGGCUCCCUCAACUCGAUGGCAGUGUGUUGUUUGAGAAAGACGUUGGGCCUUCUUGUUCUUUUGACUUGGCGACCACAGGUAUUUAUUCUUAUACGGAGAUGCUAUUUGGAGGCGACCUACCUACAGGCGAGGAGAUUGGGGAUCCACCUGGUACAGAGCUUAUCCCAAGAUCGUCAAGUUUCCCAAGUUUGCCGUGCGUAGGUGGAGGCAUGCAAGAUUCUGUCAUGCGUUCUAUACCUUUGCCAGCUAGCUCUGAGAUCUCUCUGAGAGGGCCAAACCUUAGUGGUACUGAGCAGCUUAUUCAUCGCAUCAAUCUUCGUGCGGCAAUGGAUAUCAAGAGCCAUAUUGAGGGGAGGAUUUCAAAAUGCCCGUCGAAGGACCUUGCGUUGCUUAAGGAGGACUUGUCGAAACUUAUUUCUGCAAUUGACAAUCUUAACAUUGAUUCUUCAUCCUUGAAGAUCAAGAUUGCCGAACUUAUGGCCGCCUCAACUGAGUAUUCUUCCUUACGUGUUAUUUCCUCGAAGAAGUUGAGUCCAGAUGUUAGAGCUCACCAACUUGCUGCAAUAGACUUGUCACUAACCCAAGCCCGGUCUUCUCAGCAAGCUGCUUCAGGAGAUUAUCAAUCUACAGAGACUUCUUUAGCUUCCGUCCGGGUACGUCUAGAUACGUUGAUGCGAGAACAAGAACAGCUGGGCAUCGAGGCAUCAAAACUUGAAAGUGUUCUCGGGGAGCAGGGAGCUACACUUUCUCAAUGCCAAAAGGAGAUUUCACGCCUAGAACAAGAGAAAGACAUGGCUAUGUUCUACAAAAACCUUUUACUAGUAAAAAGAAAAAGUUCUAGCUAAGGAGAUGUAGUCAUGUUAAUCCUCAAAGUAACUUCAAAAAUUUCUAAACACCCGAUAAGGGGUUUUGCAUCUUGAGAGAUUUUAUUCUUUAGGUUUAUUUCUUUAAGCGAAUUGUCUGACUUAAGAGAAUGGAAGAAUUCUCGAUAUGCUCCGUUAACUGAGCUAGAGAGAACCCAUGAAUUUAUAAGCUCGCUCCUUAUAUGAUAUAUCUUUUCUAAUGACAAGAAUGUGAAAUAUAUAUGGUAAUUAUAUGAUCAGCAUGUAAUGUUAGUGUUCUGUCUGUUUGCAAGAAUAAUGGGCAUAUAUGACCAAGCUGAGAAAAAUCACGUACCAUUUUGAUGCAGUUGAACAAGUUUUGCCAAUGAAUCGUAACAGGUUGGAUCGUUCUCUAAGACAUCCUCAAAACAGGUAGAAAGAAGGGCGCUGUUGUAACAAUCAAAUUGCUCCAAAAGUGUAGCCCUUAAUCUGCCCAACGUGUACACAUUAAAUCUUUACUGUUGUGUGAUUGGUGACAAGACCAUAGAGCAAUAACUAGCAUGAGAAAAUAAAUCCAUAUCUCACAAACAGAACUAAAGCAACAAAAAGUUAAGCAAAUAUUUAGAAAUGAGGUAGUAUUUGAAUUAUUGGAAUGAACCUUGGAAUAGAAUACGCAUCCAUAUUCCAUAGGAAUACUCCAGGUUUGGUUGACCAAAACCAAAACAACAAAUGAGCAUUCCUAUACAAUGUCACUCCAUCAAAAGGAUGGUAAAUACCGAUGUCUUUCUUGUAAUCGUGAUUCCAUCCAUUCAAAGUUCGGUUCAACAACCAUACACUACCUUAAGUCAUUAGUUAUUGACAAAAUGAGAUCCAACUUCACCAA